AACGUUAAAGAAGUUAGAGACAUUAGAUCUGAGUUUCAAUUAUCUCAAUGAGAGCAUAAUGGAACUUGUGGGUACUCUUCCAUCUAUCAAGAAUUUGAAUCUUUCUGGUAAUUCUAUUCGUGGACGCUUUAUGAAAGAAUUAUCACGUUUACCAAACUUGGAAGUGUUGGAUUUGAGCAUGAAUCUUAUUGGCAAUGACACCUUUCUUGCAUCUCAAGAUUAUCAAAGCAAGUCAAGAUUGAAAAAGUUGGGGACAUUAGAUCUGAGUUUCAAUUACCUCAAUGAGAGUAUAAUGGAAGUUGUGAGUGCUCUCCCAUCCAUCAAGAAUUUAGCAAUGGCUGGUAAUUUUAUAGGUGGCCCCUUUCCGAUGAAAGAAUUAACACUUUUACCAAACUUGGAAAUGUUGGAAUUGAGUGGGAAUCGUCUUGUAAGCUACGUUCCAAAUCAAGAUGCCCAUAGCGUUGAGUUCUAUGAAUUCAAGAAGUUGAAGACACUGAACUUAGCUGACAAUAAUUUUGACAAGGGAAUAUUCAAGUCCUUAGUUGCUUUCCCCACUCUCAGAUCUUUGGACCUAGGUUUUAAUCCAAUCAAAGGGGAUCUUGAUGACAAAGUUUUGUCUGAUCUAAGCAAACUGGAAGUUCUUUACCUAGCUAACGCAGGUAUCAAUGGAAUUUUACCGAAUCAAGGUUUAUGUAAAAUGAAGCAACUUCAGGAACUAUAUCUGUCAUUCAAUAAUCUGAGAGGAACUUUGGAUGCAUGCCUUGACAACUUGACAUCACUUCGCUCUCUUGAUGUCUCCUUCAACUACUUAAGGGGGAAUGUGACACCCUUCCUUGCACAACUAACAUCUAUCGAAUUUCUUGGCAUUGCAUUCAAUAACUUUGAGGAUAUAUUCUCAUUCAACUCUUUUGCCAACCAUUCAAACCUUAAGCAUUUGAUAAUUGGGAAUAUGAAAGUGGAAACCGAAAAUCCGCCUUGGGUUGCAUCAUUUCAGUUGGAAGAACUCCGAAUGCUCGGUUGUGAGUUAAACUUACAAGCAGAAAUUCCAAUUUUCCUUUCAAAUCAAACUAGCUUGAGAUUUCUUGAUUUAUCAAGAAAUAACCUUGUUGGUGAGUUUCCUAGCUGGUUGCUCAUGAACAACCCAAAUUUAGACGAAGUCUACUUAUCCGAUAAUUCUUUCACUGGACCUUUUGAACUAUCCUUUGAUAAAAAUCAUCGCAUGGAUCAAAUGACAGCGUUGUCCAUAAGAAACAACAAAUUGCAAGGCGAGCUCCCUAACAACGUUGGAUUCUUCUUCCCACGUUUGGAGUUUUUGGAUGCCUCAAACAAUGAGUUUGAUGGUCCUAUUCCGGCUUCAAUUGGAGAGAUGUCAUUCUUAGUGGAAUUGCAUCUAGGGAGCAAUAACUUUUCUGGCAAUGUACCUGAGUACAUUCUUAACAGAUGCUCCUCAUUAGACAUGUUGAUGAUUAGCAAUAACCAGCUGAAUGGAACACUAUUGAGUACCAUCAGAAAGCGUAAGCUUACUUUCUUAGCUGCGUCAAGGAACAACAUUGAAGGAGCAAUAACAGAUGAAUGGUGCCAACAUGAGUUUUUAAUGUUAGACAUAUCUUACAAUAAGUUCUCUGGUGCACUGCCCUCCUGCUUCAAAAUGCCAGGUUACUUGUUCCUGCAGGGAAAUAAUUUUACAGGCACCAUACCUGAAUUAUUCAUGAGCAACCACUAUAGAGCAUCAGCCAUUGAUUUUAGUGACAACAAGUUUACUGGAACAAUACCUAAUAGUGUAUACAAGCUUUGGUCUUUAAGAUUUCUUUUAUUGGCUGGUAAUCAUUUGCAAGGCCAAAUUUCCAGUCAAAUAUGCCAAUUAAAAUAUAUCAAUAUCUUAGACCUUUCGCAAAAUAAUUUCAGUGGGUCCAUACCUGCUUGCUUCAGUAAUAUGUCGUUCGGAAAUGUUACCGUUCCCUUUUAUGCUACUGCUAGGGAAAAACCAUUUAGCCCCAUACCUCUUGUGGUAAUGCAACUCAGAACAAAAAAUUUACAUCUUUCCUUCGGCAGUGAUAGAUUUCAGUUACUGUCCGAACUAGAUUUGUCAUGUAAUCAAUUGACAGGAGAGAUUCCACACCAAUUAGGAGAUCUAAAUGGCCUUCGUUCUCUCAACUUAUCUCACAACCAUCUAAAUGGUCUGAUCCCAGAGAGCUUCCAGAAGCUACAAAACAUAGAGAGUUUAGAUAUUUCAAAUAACAACCUAAGUGGACAAAUCCCUCUUCAGUUACAGGACUUGCACUCUUUGGCUGUCUUCAAUGUUUCCUACAACAAUUUGUCAGGAAGAGCACUUGAAAAGGGACAGUUUUGUACCUUUGAUGGGAGUAGCUACAAAGGAAAUCCGUAUCUUACGUGGGAUACCUGUAAAAGUGAAAGUUCAAAACCACCACUACAACCAACUCUGUUGCCUGAUGAAGUAGAAGAAGAAAACUCUGAAAUUGAUUUCAAUGCCUUCUGUUGGAGUUUUGCUACAUCUUAUGUCAUGGUAAUCGUAGCGUUGGUGACACUCCUUUGGUUCAAUCCUCACUGCUGGAGAAUGUGGUUUUAUUUUGUCGAGGUGUGCCUUCCUAAAGCUUUGUUAUGGAUUUAA